AUGCCCGGCAUGGAUCGUUACGCUGCGGAAAGUCGCCGCCUACAGUCAAUGUCGAUGCCCUUUCUUAACGAAGAGCUCAUGAAGGGACCGCCCAGGUUUAGGGGCAAAGACCUGAGGGACCCUCGGCUUCGACGCAGCACGCUGGAUCCGAAGACGAUUGUGUUCGAGUCUCGGCUAGGAGGCGGAUCCGAUGGCUUUGUGUGGAAGGUCAGAUUUGGCGACGAGGGACCAUUUGCGUUAAAAGUUUUCUGGGACCAAGUGCCUCCACACGAACCUGGUUCGUACUAUUCGAUGCAGAGGGAGUGCCAAAAUGCCGCCGUCUUCCAGAUGAUGGAGGCGUCCUUAGAGGUUGACCCAGUCUUGGUGUAUGACCACCCCAUGGGAAAGAAAGAGGCCAUAGAGAACUACUUUUCAUUCUGCGAAGAGAACUGCUGUCCUAAUCUUAUCCCGACAACCACCAAGCCAGUUCCGCUUCCAGGAGCCACAUAUAUCUCAGCACUGCCACGCCUGGCCAGGUGUUAUGGCUGGCUGAAGCUCCGAAAAGACCUCUGGACGGGACUCCCAGACGACAUGCAGGCUUCGCACGAGGAUCCCAGCAAGGUCAAGAAGCUCAUGUCGAGCCAUAUGGACUGCAUCGGGGUCGUCUACGAGCUGAUUGAGGACGGUGAAAACGACGCCGCCGCCAUCGAGGAGGUGGACCGGUUCCUGUGGCAGGCCGGCUUCGCAUUUACGAUUGCUCCAAAUCUCAAGGACUGGAAGAACGGCAUCAUGAUUGACCAUGCUGGGAUCGUCCACGUUCGCGGAUAUGGGUGGAAUGAGGACGACUACAUGAAGAGGAGUGUUGAGGAGAUGCUGGCGGAGUUGGAUGAUGGAAGGGACAGCCAUGACGACGACGAGCCUCUUGUAUCUGAGUGA